AGUUCUGUGCAAUCUUUCUCCUUUCUAUUCUUCUUUCUCUACAAAGAAGGCGGACAUUACUUGUGAGCUCUGCACUUGUCGCAGCUAAGGUUGGAAACAACAGCCUACAAGAAUGUCAACAUCAUCAGCUGAACUCGCGUGUGUAUACGCUGCAUUGAUCCUCAAUGACGAUGGCGUGGAGAUCACAGCGGAGAAGAUCCAGACUUUGGUGCAAGCUGCCAAAGUCGAGGUCGAGCCAUUCUGGGCUGGCCUGUUCGCUAAGGCACUGGAAGGCCGCGACGUCGGGGAUCUAAUCGGCAACAUCGGAUCGGCGUCUGCUGGACCUGUUGCAGCAGCUGCACCGGCUGCUGCUGCAGCAGACGAGAAAAAGGAGGAGAAAACGGACGAAAAACCUGCCGACGACGAUGAAGAUUCAGAUGACGAAUUUGGCGGACUGAGCCUAUUCGGUGAUGAUUGAGCAAGCACCACCUGUUGCGUCGACGGCACUGAUCAGAUGCACCACAGCACCGCUGUAUCUCUAGACCAUUAUACCAUCCCUGCUACUACUAGUACUUUAGGAUUGAUUCAGACCUUACAUCUUCCAUCCCUGAAUAUUUCCUGAAUGGAUCGGUGCAGCGUAUGCUCGUGAAA